AUGAAGGCCAAGAACAGUGCUGAAGGUCAAAGCAGCGGCAUUCAUCUAGAUAUUCCUCAGCUUCAGAAGAAAGAUGAAAUCAUCAUUUCACCCGCUACAAUCUUUGCGCCGAAAACUAGUGCUGGAAGGAGAGAUGGACGCAGUGGACAUUCUGUUUCCCCCACAUUACCGGCUGUUCUGGCCCCAGAGAAAAAGCUUACUCUGUUUGCACUCCGCCUUGCGGUUCUCGAAAAAGUGGCCACUGCCUUGGGAUACCUUGGUUUCGUCUGGGCAACGGUUGUGCUCCUGGGGGGCUUUGCCGUUACAUUAGAGAAAUCCGACUUCUGGUUCAUCACCAUCAUUUUAUUAAUUGAAGGAACUCGAAUAUCCAGCAGGAGUCAUGAGCUGGAAUGGCAACACCAGUCCACUUGGUCAAUAGCUGAUGCCGGAAUGAGCAGCUUCCGAGCGCUCAAAUCGAGCUCUAGAGCUCUAGUUGAAUCCAUGCAGAAUAUGUUCAGUCCCGUGAGCUCUGCUACGAGGAAGCAAAGUCAACGCAGCAGGGAAAUUUCUGAAACUACAGAUGCGAAAAACAUUAGAAAGCAGAAAUUCAAAAGGAGGCCCACCCGGAUUUGGACUUCUUCGGAAGUUCCUAUUCUACCUUAUGGAGGGUGGGUUUGCCUUUCGAGAAACAUCAGCCAGAUUUUCCACUGGCUCCAGAUCUUAUCUGCAAUAGCCUGCGUCCUGCUCUCAUUGACGAAGCUCAUCAAGCACAAUUAUGGUGAGGUAGCUAAAGGAGAUACGGACAAGAGAAACCGGAAACCUGCUCUGAUUUUCUUUUAUUCCUUGGCUUUGGCUGAAGCUCUGGUCUUCCUGAUAGAGAAAGCUUACUGCGCGUGGGAGGUUGUCAUCUGUAAGCUUCUUGAAGGGGUGAAUGAGGAAUGCGACCUGGGGGCUUCGGGUAUGAUCUCGACUCGGAGAUUUUUCUACGACUGCUAUUCGAGAUGUCUUAAUGGGAGCAUUUUUGAUGGCCUGGGAAUGGACAUGGUGACUUUUGCGAUGGACCUCUUAUGUUCAAACUCGCCGGAUGAGCAGCUCAUGGGAGCCAGGACUCUUCACCGGUUUUCUACUAAAGAACAGUUUUCAGAUGACACGCUUCAGAAGAUAGGAACAAGUCUGCCAGUUAUAGAGAGACUGGUGGAUAUCUUAAACUGGAAAGACCCACAAGAGGAAGAAAUCAGGCUAUUAGCUGCAGAAAUAGUUUCCAAAUUAGCCGGGAAAAAGCAAAAUUCCCUUCGGGUCACCGGAAUACCCGGGGCAAUGGAAUCGAUAUUAUCCCUUCUCCAGACAAACAGAAGCCCCAGUUCUAUAGCAGACGAAAUUGGCGAAAACAAAAUCUUCUUGGACCAUGAAGAAUGUGGAUUCUGGACUUUCAAUAGUUUGGGACUUCUCAUUCUGAAGAAACUAGUCCGUGAUCACAAUAACUGUGGAAAAAUUGGAAACACAAGGGGCCUUCUUUCCAAAAUCAUAGAUUUCACUCAUGCUGAUGAAGGAAUAUUGAAGGACUCAACUGUCACCACAUCGCAGGUUUUGACUGUUAAAAGAUCCCUACAGGUUGUGAAGAUGCUGGCAAGCACAACGGCUACCACAGGGAAAAAUCUCCGGAGAGAGAUCUCGGAGAUAGUCUGCACCAUAAGCAACAUAAGAGAUAUUCUACGAUAUGGAGAGAAAUGGCCGGUUCUGCAGAAACUAGGUAUUGAGAUCCUUACUAGUUUGGCACUAGAAGACGAUGUGUCGGAGAAAAUAGGAGAGACCGGCGGAGUUCUGAAGGAACUGUUAAAGAUUUUCUUCCAACACGGAGUACUGGAAGAUAAAAUGGAUGUGAGGAACGUGGCCGGAGAAGCCCUGUCAAUGCUGGCUUUCGCAAGCAAGAGCAACUGUCAUCGAAUCUUGACGUCGAAUGUAGUGGAGAGGCUCCUAGAAGCAUUGGAGAUUCCGCUUCUUCGUGUUAAUGCUGGAAGAAUUUUGAGGAAUCUGUGCACUUACAGUGGACCAGAGUCCUUCAACCAGCUAAAGGGAGUAACAGCAGCGACACCUCGGGUUCUCAAGGCAAUCUUGUCAGGAGAAGGCAAACUACAAGAGGUGAUGGUUGGGUUAGCGGCACAUGCUUUCAAGUUCAUGACAGCAGAAGGAUCGACCGCCGUCUUCGAGGGGGCAGGGUUCAGAGAAGCCGACUUAGCUUGUGCUUUGGUAGAGAUCCUGAGGGGCCACCGGAAUCCACAUAUAAAGGUGCCAAGAAUGAGAAGGUUUGCUAUCGAGCUGGCUAUCUGGAUGAUGAGGGACAAAUUGAAGAAUGUGCAGAUCUUCAGGGAUCUGGGCAUGGAGGAGGAGCUUGAAGGAGUCUUGGAUACGACAUCAGAGCUAGACAGCUUCAAUAUUUUCUCUGGCAACAUUGGAUUAAGCAGGCACAGCACGACCAUUCACUCACUUGUUGAGACCGCACUUGUGCUGCUGAAGAAGAGGUUUGAUUGA